GUUGUUUCACUUCCUUGACCUUCUGUGGCAGGAAAAAGUUCCGACCGGAGGAAAUGGCUUCGAGAGGACUUGAGAUUGUUCUAAUCCUAGUCCUGAUGGGAAUGCUCUGGGCUGGGGCCAACGCCCAAAGCUGCACCUCGACACUCACCAGCCUAGCCCCAUGCCUAAACUACAUUACAGGAAAUUCAUCCACCCCAUCAUCGUCGUGCUGCUCACAGCUAAAGAACGUCCUUCAAUCAUCACCACAAUGCCUUUGCUCUGCACUUAAUAGCGGCGCUUCAUUGGGAAUUACCAUAAACAAGACUCUCGCCAUGCAACUACCUGGUGCUUGUCAGAUGCAAACUCCAUCAAUUAGCCAAUGUAAUGGUGGAACAUCAGGAACACCCUCAACUCCUGCCGCAGCGUCUCCAACUCCUGAAGGUGCCAUUAAACCACCAGCAUCAGACAUUCCUUCAGGAACAGGAUCUAAAUCUAUCCCAUCGAUUGACGGGGGAUCAUCGGAUGCAAGCAUAGCAAAAGCCUCCCUUCAUUCUGUUCUCUUCCUUCUCUUCAUUGCAACCCUCACCAAAUUCUGAGUUAGCAAGGGUCCUCCGUAGGGAAUUGUUGCCUGUUAUGGUGGUGAUGAUGAUUCUUUUUAUCCCUUGUUUCCUGAUAUGAUUCUUGUUUCCCAUAAUAGGAAUGUUGUUGUACUACUUUGUUUGAGUUGUUUAAUGAUAAAUUAUUGUGGGAUGAGGGACUC